AUGCGCAAAUAUCAUGGCCCGAGCAACUGCACCAGUGACUGCUUUGUGGUGCGACCCAUCAGUGAGACAUAUAUGUCAAUCGAUAUUGUCUGCUGUGAGGGAUACGAGCGCAAGGAUAAGAACGAGUGUUUGCCCAAGUGUCAUGAUUGUGGCCCUGGCGGCAAAUGUAUAUUGCCGGAGGUGUGUAUCUGUGGCCAGGGCUACAAAAGCCAGAAGAAUCGCAGCGUGUGUCUGCCUGAGUGCAGUGAGCACUGCAUAAAUGGAAAUUGCACCGCGCCCGAUGUCUGUCAGUGCUUGGAGGGCUUUCGCUUCCGCAACGACAGUCAGAGCGUCUGUGAGCCGAUCUGUGGUGCCACAGAUUGCACCAACGGACAUUGUGUGACGCCGCAGCAGUGUGUCUGCAACUCGGGCUACCAGCGGAAUGAGACGCUCGGCAAGUGUGUGCCCGUAUGCGUGGACAAGACGGAGCACGGCGAUUGCGUGGCUCCCAAUGAGAUAAGGUGCCAUGCCGGCUAUGAGCUGCACUGGAAUUAUCAUCAGCACCAACGCUGCGAUCCGGUGUGCAGCAGCGGCUGUCGCAAUGGUCUCUGCAUGCAGCCGGAACAGUGUGUCUGCAAUGUGGGCUAUGUGCAUGUGGACAGACGCAUCUCUGCCGGCUGUGAGCCCGUCUGCCAGCCAGCCUGUGUUAACGGCAGCUGUGCGGCACCGAAUCACUGCCGUUGCCACGAUGGGCAUGUGCCGCUCAAUGGCUCCCACCAUGUUUGCACUCCCAGCUGUCGUCAGGGCUGUGAGAAUGGCUUCUGCAAUGCACCGGGUCGCUGUGAGUGCCACAAGGGUUACAUGAAGCUAUCUCCCCAUCAAUGUAGUCCUGUUUGCCAGCCGGCCUGUGGGACCAAUGCUCGCUGCAGUGCACCAGACACCUGCACCUGUCAAGAGGGCUAUAUCCGAGUCAAUGGCAGCGACACACACUGUGAGCCAUUCUGCUCGAAGAGAUGCUAUAAUGGCAUCUGCAGCAGUCCAGAUGUGUGCUCCUGCUUGGCGGGCUACGAAGCGCUGACUUCCUCGUACUGUGUACCCAAGUGCAAUCGAUCCUGCAUCUAUGGCAGCUGUGUGGGUCCCAAUCUCUGUCGCUGCUUCAACGGCCAUCGUCCCAGUGCCAAUGAUCCCUUUGUGUGUGAGCCCAUAUGCAGUAUGAAUUGUGGCUUUGGUCGCUGCAUUGCGCCCGAGAUCUGUCAAUGUGAGCCGGGCUUUGCCAAUCGUUGGCCCAGCGGCACCUGUGAGCCGCACUGCGCUCAGAAGUGCAUCAAUAGUCGGUGCGAGGGCGGCACAGGACGUUGUCGCUGCUAUGAGGGCUAUCAAUUGAGGGCCGGCUCCAAUUCGAUUUGUGAUCCCGUCUGCUCGCCCAGCUGCAGAAAUGGCACCUGCGUGGAGCCCAACAGCUGCGAGUGCUGGCCGGGCUAUGAGGAUACCAAAGAAGGCUAUAUGUGCAUUCCCAGCUGUCGUCCGGCCUGCGAGAAUGGACGCUGCACUGCACCGGGACAAUGUGAGUGCAGUGCCGGUUAUGAGGUGACCAACUCCAGUGAACCGCAACUGUGUCGCGCUCAGUGCAAGAAGCGAUGCAUCAACGCCGAGUGCCUGCGACCAGAUGAGUGCACCUGCCUAUUUGGCUACAGAUUCAUCGAGGGCAGCACCACCGAAUGUGCACCCUACUGUAGCCAGCCUUGUGACAAGGACAGCAUCUGUGUAGCGCCCGAAAUCUGUGAGCAGCAAACCUAUCAUGUUCUUUCCACAGUUGGAGCCAGCGGCUUCUCCAGCUGGACGCAACUCGUGCUGACGGUAUUGCUCUGUGUGGUCCUGAUAAUGUUGCCGGUGCUACUCACGCGCAUGUUUCUGCAGCGCAGGCGAGCGCAAAAGGAUAAGCAACAGGUACACCUCAUCGAGAAUCCCAGUUAUGGCGUCUGCAUGGCUCAUGAUGAGCUACUACCCAGUGACCGAGAGGACGGUUUGGGCGAUUAG